AUGAUCUCAACUAUUGAUUUCCUGCUUAUAUUUAGGUGUAGCAAAAACAUUAAAGGUCAGCAUUAUGAUGUUAUUACUGGAUCUCAGUGCCGCACGGAUCCACGGACUUCACUACCGACUAAUGGUUGCAAGUUUCUUCCUAACAAAUAUCAAAACACACACAAUUCCAUAAUGUUUCUACCUGGCCUGAAUUCUGUAAGCGCAUUUUGUCGUGAAAACGAGCACAACUAUGAAGCCCCAAACCUGCAGAAUAAAAAAUGUGGCAAAGCAACAUGGACUGUAAUAUUCGAGGAUUCUGUGGAUAAAAACGCACUUCGCUCUUUAAAACCACUGAAGUCUUCUCCACCAGCACCAUCUUUUAAAGUUGUGCAGCGAAUGCAUCGGGUCGUUUGUCUCGUACUUGAUGUCUCAGGAAGCAUGAAAGGCUCUAGAAUACUUCGACUGCAACAGGCUGCCACACAUUUCUUGCAGAAUAUCAUUGAGGACCAAUCCAGUGUUGGAAUUGUAACUUUUAGUACUUCUGCUUCUACUCUGAGUCAACUGACUUCAAUUGACAAUGAGUCCACACGAAAGAAACUUAUAAAAUUGUUGCCAAAGGAGGCAAAUGGAUGGACAAACAUGUGCAAAGGCCUCAAUCUAGGCUUAGAGGUACUUAAAAAGGACAAUGGGGAUGUAGAAGGAGAUGAAAUAAUUUUUUUGACAGAUGGUGAAGCCACAGAUGACCUUAAUAGCUGUGUUCCCAACGCAAUUAAUAGUGGCGCCAUUAUACACACAGCUGCUUUUGGUAAUAAAGCCAAUAAAGCACUGAGGGAAAUGGCAGAGAAAACUGGGGGAAAAUUUAUCACAGCCACUGAUGACAUUCUCUCUAAUCAACUACUGAAUGGAUUUUCUACAUUAACUAUACCUACAGGAGAUCAAACAAAAGACCCAGUUCAGAUAGACAGUGUGGGAGCAAAAACAUCUGAUUGGUUCAAUGGGACAGUAUCAGUCGAUCAGACUAUUGGUACCAAAACCAGCUUUACAAUAACUUAUGAAACAACUGCACCUAAAGCCUACAUACAGUCACCUAGUGGCUUAGUCUACAAUCAAAUGAAGAUGAGUCAUUAUAAAUCAACAAAAACAAUAACUUUUAAAGUACCAGGAACCGCACAGCCUGGGGACUGGAAGUACAGUAUCCAAAGUCCAAUAUUUCAGACUUUGACUAUAACAGUAACGAGUCAAGCAUCACAAGCUGAUGUUCCUCCUAUCAUUGUCAAAGCCCACAUGAACCAGCAGUUCAAUGAUGGCACUAAACCUAUGAUAGUGUUUGCUGAGGUUAGUCAGGAUUACAAGCCUGUAAAAAAUGCUGAAGUGUGGGCUACACUGGAGCCAGAAACUGGGCCUGCACAAACAUUACAACUCCUGGACAACGGAGCAGGAGCUGAUGCUUUCAAAGAUGAUGGCGUCUAUUCCAGAUAUUUCGCAAAGAUGAAAAACGGGAGAAGCAGCUUGAAAGUAAGAGCAAAGAAUCAAGAUGGACAAGCCAGAUUUACUUUCCAAAAAAGGGGCGGUGCUCCGUAUGUACCUGGAUAUAUAGUAAACGGUGUGGUUGAACUGAACCCAUCAAAAUCUCCAGUUUUGUCAGAAUCACUUGUAAUUGGAAACUUCACCAGAACAGCCACCGGAGAGAGUUUUGAGGUUGUACUUAAAAGCACAACUCCACCAAAUUUCCCUCCGAACAGAAUCACAGAUCUGAGCGCUGAGAUCCAGGAGGACACUGUGCUUCUCAGCUGGACAGCUCCUGGUGAGGACCUUGACCAAGGGACAGUUUCGUACCCUCACAGCUGCCAGCAGCUGGAAAAAGUUGCUCGCUUCCCACCACCUAUCAUCAAGGACUGA